AUGCCAACCAGGAGGCGACGGGAGGAUACACCGGACGAGCGGACGAGAGCAUCUCCGUCACCUGCUCCCCAUUACUUUCCCCGAGCCCAUCAGCAGCACAGAGGUUAUCGCGACGUGCUCCGUGACGACACGGCCAUUGAAAAUCGUUGGCGAUGGGAUCAUCCUAACAGCGGAGACAACUAUCAGCCCAUAUUCGGGCAACAUACAUGUUCACAGGAUCAGCUGCGGUGGGGUCAAGCUCCUCCCGCUAGAGUAUCUGAUACUACGCUCCUGUUGGCGUUGCUCGCAGGCGUGAGUGUAGGCAAUCUAACGGCUCGACCCAUGUUGAUCCUCUUCCUCUGGAUGGCAUACGCCUUCUACUCUUUCCUCGGGGAUGUCCACUACACACUGGAGCAGAGACGUUUAAGAAUAGAGAGAUCCGCUGGACCACUAGGAUCAACCGUCAUCCUUGGAGUGUUCAAGGCGUUUGUCUGGUUCGGCGGCUUCACGAUGUUUCUCGGGCUAUGGCGGGUCUUGCGAGUGUAG